GGACGGGACCGGUAACCAUAAAAACACGAUCACACAGUUAUCUAUUGUCAUACACACGCCUACGACGCCGCAUUGGAUUGUUUUGAAUUUUAACGGUUAACGACCGCCGCACGAGUCGCUACUCAUACUAUUGUUGUGUACUGGAGCUCCGUAUCUGUUUAAUCGAGGGCGUCGACUGGAGGAGCCACUUCGACAUCCGAUUACCGAGCGACAGUAACUGACAAUUACCAGAACACGCGCUCCGAACACCGGUUUGCCGUGACCUAUUGUGUUUUCUGUAGGUACUCUCGUUUGUUACUGGUCUCGCGUCCGCUUUCGGAUCUCGCGGUUCCGAAUAAAUUCUUUUUUUUUUUUCCAUUUCCGACGCGAUCGUUCAGGAGGAUUCCGUCCGGUGUUCCGAAAUCGUCACACACACACACACACAGAUUUCUGCAGUCAUGAUGCGCCGUCGGUUGAGUUUCAUCGGCAACGACGAGUGUUGCGAACCAGGAUCGCUCACCGAGUGCAUCGUCGAGUCCGACAUCCAGCGGCAGAUACGCGACAGGUUCGACGAAGAGUGUCCGUACUCGUUGACUAGGAAGUCGGUACGGAACAGCCCUCGGGCGCGGAACUGCAACUCGCAAGUAUGGCAGGUGGCCGUCAACACGGUGACCAAGAAGCGCGACACGCUGAGGCGUAGCGUGAGCUCGGUGUUUAGGUCGAUGAACAAACUCAGAACCGGAUUCAAAGUGGCCGCACAGAAAUUACGACCGACGACUAGACGUCGUUUCAAAUUGGAUGAGUCGCCUCUGACUCCUAACACACCUAGAACACGGUCCAAGUGUUUGUUGGGCAGAACGCCGACCAAGAUGUAUAGUCCUUUUGCCAUUGAUACACCACCGUCGUUGCGUAGGCGAUUUGCUUACAGAAGAAAUAAACUUAUUGAAACCGAAAGUAAUAAAUCUGUGAAUGGGAAAAGUGAAUCUAACAGUUAUGAAACAACAAAUAAUGAAAAUAAGCAACCAAAUAAUAAUUCAAAUAAAGAAGAAAAUUAUGGAAGUUUAAUUUAAGUAUUAAUUUCUAAAAAGUACUACACACUAUAGUAUUUUUUGCAGGAAACUUAAGAGUAUAUUGAUUGUAUACUGGCUAUGCUGUUUUUGCGUAUCACAUUUUAUGUAUUAUUUUUAUACUAUCUAUUUUAAUUUUUAAAUAUUUUAAUUAAUGUUCCUUUCCAAUAUAAUUAGAAAACAUGGCUAUUAUAUUUUCUUUUUUUUUCAUAAACAUAUCAUUUAUUUGUUGCAAAUAUUUAAUAUUAUAGUUGUUUUUUUUUUUUUUGGUAUAACUAAUAAAUAUUUUGACAAAUUAUUUGUUGAAUAUAAAUUAAUAUUGUUGUGUCCACUUUUAAUAUUUAUUAAUAGACUAAACAUUUGAUUUAAAUCUACUGUGUAAUAAUUUAAUAACACUUGUGUUUAACUCAAUGUCAAUCAUAUUUUGAUUUUAUUUCAUAAUAAAUUCAUAAAUAUAAUAAAUAAUAAAAGUGUACAGAAUGAUUCUAGAUCCAUUCUAUCUCAUUUUGUGAUAGAAUUGAUAUUGUAUCAUCAGCUUAGAAAUUACCAAAUUACUAGUGAUAGACAAUUUCACAUUAUUUUACUUUUGAAAGUACCAUUAGUAGGUACCAUUAUAAUUUGAAAAGACAUUUUUUUUUUAUGUAGACAUUAAAUAUUUAUUUUAUACAUUA